AUGACAAGCAAUGCGGCAAUAGAUUCCAGGAAGAAAACAAAUCCAUCGGUUUCACCUAAGAGUAUUCUGAAUUCAGCUUCAAAAUUUAGUGGAUGGAGUAGAAAAAGCCCAUUUCUUCGAUAUGGUCUGCCACUUGUCUCACUAACGGUCUUCGGAGCAGUUGGCCUCGCUCAUCUCAUUAAAGGCAGGCAAGCACUUUAUGACGCUUAUAUCUACCUUCUUCGAUUGAGGUUCUACUUUAUGACAGUUAAUGAUUGCUGAUGCUAAUUUUUCGUAUUUUGACUUCAUUUGUGUCCAUUCAGAUAUAUAUAUAUCUUCGUCAUUAUCUGGCCUUAUUGAAUUUUUUCCUGCAUUCUGCUGUGAUAUUUUGCGUCAAUUUAUCUGGCCUUAUGGAGUUUUUCAUCCAUGCAUCAGUAAGGAAGUUACGAAAGAGAAAGACAAUAUCGAGUGGGAGCUACUUGAGACUACGAAAGCCUUGACAAGAACAGGACCCAUGGAAGGGUACAAGCCAAAGAAAUUCUCUUUGGAAGAGGAGCUCAAGGUACUACCAAGUAGUACUUUUAUUGUGAUGCUCGUGGGUGCUGCAUUGUUUUAGUUUAAUUCGGUUCCAUCAUUGGGUGCACUAACGAAGACUGUUUUCACAGAUGCUGCAAGAAAGAAUCGAUAUCUACCACUACGAGUACAGAAAAAUCCCUAGACCACAAGAAGGGAAACGAAAGAAACCCUAG